AUGCACAGGCCGGCAAAGCCACUGCUGAGCUACUGCCAUCAACUGCUUCACGAAGACUUGCUUAUCCUUCGUACUGAUAAGUUGGCGAGGAGCCGCAACAUCCUCAAGGAGCUAAGGACGUUCUGGUGUCGCGGAGCUGUGCAGAGAAUCAGAUAUGGAAGAACUAAAGGAGAAGAAAUGAACAGCAGUGUCUGCUGGAUGCUACGGAAUCGCGAAGGAGCACUCGAGCCACUUUCCUCCUCACCACCUCAGGGAAGACGUGAUGCUUUCUUGAAUCUGACUCUGUCAGCGAAGAAUCGUACGAGGCGGACCCUCAAUAGGAUCAAACGCAAAUGUUUGAAGAAAAUACCUCAUCAAUACCUUGGUAAGGCUCUUCAUCCUUGA